AUGGUUUUCAACACCGAACUUACGCGCCGACUCGGCAUCAAGGUUCCCGUCGUCCAGGGUGGGAUGCAAUGGGUGGGAUAUGCCGAAUUAGCAUCCGCUGUAUCCAACGCAGGUGGUCUGGGUAUACUCACGGCUCUUACUCAACCUACCCCUGAAGACCUGCGUAAGGAGAUCCGGAAAUGCAGGACCAUGACCAAGAACCCCUUCGCCGUUAACAUCACUCUCCUGCCCACGAUGAACGCUCCGCCCUAUGGCGAAUACGCUCAAGUCUGUAUCGAUGAGGGGAUCAAGGUGGUGGAGACAGCAGGCAACUCGCCUGGCCCGGUCAUCAAACUGUUGAAGAACGCCGGCAUCAUCAUCCUUCACAAAUGUACGACCAUUCGCCACGCUCAGUCGGCUGUGAAGCUGGGUGUGGACUUCCUAUCAAUCGACGGCUUCGAGUGUGCUGGCCAUGUGGGUGAAUCAGACAUUACCAAUUUCAUCCUCCUGUCAAGAGCAAGACAAUCACUCGGCGCACCAUUUAUUGCUUCUGGCGGCUUUGCAGAUGGUCAGGGACUGGCUGCCGCCCUUGCCCUUGGUGCCGAAGGUAUCAACAUGGGCACCCGAUUCAUGUGCACAGUCGAAGCGCCAAUCCAUGUGAACAUCAAGCAAGCAAUCGUGGAUGCCUCGGAACAUGAUACUGAGCUUGUGCUGAGGAGAUGGAAAAACACUUCCAGACUAUUCAAGAACAAGGUUGCCCAGGAGGCGGUCGCGAUCGAGAAGAGCAGCACAACUGGCAAAUUUGAAGAGGUGGCCCCAUUCGUGUCUGGAAAGCGUGGGCGAGAGGUCUUCAUCAAUGGAGACAAGGACUUUGGCGUCUGGACGGCUGGCCAAGUCAUUGGGCUGAUUCACGACAUUCCCACAUGCCAGGAGCUCCUAUCGAGAAUCGAGGGAGAGGCCGUUGAAGCCAUUGAAAGGAGUCGGAAGUUCUAUCAACCCCAGAGCAAACUAUGA